UCGACGGAACCUCAACGACGCCGUCGCCGCCCUCUUCGUCCGCAGCACUGCCCUAGGCUCUCCCCUUCUAAGGUUAGACGAACAUGGCGAACUACACGCCGAGGAACAUCCUCAUCACCGGGGCUGCCGGCUUCAUCGCCUCCCACGUCGCCAACCGCCUGGUCCGGAACUAUCCGCACUACAAGGUGGUGGUCCUCGACAAGCUCGACUACUGCUCCAGCCUCAACAACCUCAACCCUUCCCGUGCCUCCCCCAACUUCAAGUUCGUUAAGGGCGACAUCGCCAGCGCCGACCUUGUCCAGUUCCUCCUCGUCACCGAGUCCAUCGACACCAUCAUGCACUUCGCCGCUCAGACCCACGUCGAUAACUCCUUCGGAAACUCCUUCGAGUUCACCAAGAACAACAUCUACGGCACCCACGUCCUGCUCGAAGCCUGCAAGGUUACCGGUCUGGUCCGCCGCUUCAUCCACGUCAGCACGGACGAGGUCUACGGAGAGACCGACGAGGACGCGGUGGUCGGAAACCACGAAGCAUCGCAGCUGCUGCCCACGAACCCCUACUCCGCCACCAAAGCCGGCGCGGAGAUGCUCGUGAUGGCCUACGGACGCUCCUACGGCCUCCCCGUCAUCACCACCCGCGGCAACAACGUCUACGGGCCCAACCAGUUCCCGGAGAAGCUGAUCCCCAAAUUCAUUCUCCUCGCCAUGAGGGGUCAACCACUCCCCAUCCACGGUGACGGGUCCAAUGUGAGGAGCUACCUCUACUGCGAGGACGUCGCUGAGGCCUUCGAAGUAGUCCUCCACCGAGGCGAGAUCGGUCAUAUCUAUAACAUCGGCACCAAGAAGGAGCGCAGGGUGGUCGAUGUGGCCAGGGACAUCUGCGGUCUCUUCAAUAUGAAUCCUGAUACCCUCAUUAAGUUCGUGGACAACCGGCCCUUUAACGACCAGAGGUACUUCCUUGACGACCAGAAGCUGAAGAACUUGGGCUGGUGCGAACGGACCACAUGGGAGGACGGGCUACGGAAGACAAUGGAGUGGUACACCAGCAACCCCCAAUGGUGGGGUGAUGUCUCCGGCGCAUUGGUGCCGCAUCCCCGGAUGCUGAUGAUUCCCGGAAUCAUCGGGCAAGAAGCCGCCAAGGACAAGAAUUUGCAAACCAGCAUCAAUUUUAAUCAAACAGGAAUGAUUGUCCCUGCUCCCAAGAACACUAAACCAUCCCUCAAGUUUUUGAUAUAUGGUCGGACAGGGUGGAUCGGUGGCCUGCUCGGGAAGAUUUGUGAGAAGAAGGGCAUACCUUUCGAGUACGGAAAGGGGCGUCUUCAAGAGCGCUCGCAGAUCGAAUUCGACAUCCAGUCGGUGAAGCCAACACACGUUCUUAAUGCUGCAGGCGUGACUGGCAGGCCCAAUGUCGACUGGUGUGAGUCUCACAAGACGGAGACAAUCCGCACCAAUGUGGUGGGCACUCUUACUCUUGCAGAUGUCUGUAGGGAGCAUGGGUUGUUGUUGCUGAAUUAUGCUACUGGAUGUAUCUUUGAGUAUGAUGGUGCACAUCCAGAAGGGUCAGGCAUUGGCUUUAAGGAGGAAGACAUGCCAAAUUUUACUGGUUCAUUCUACUCGAAGACUAAAGCUAUGGUUGAAGAACUUCUCAAGGAGUAUGACAAUGUGUGCACGCUGAGGGUUCGAAUGCCGAUCUCAUCAGACCUCAAAAACCCUCGGAACUUCAUCACCAAGAUCGCCCGUUACAACAAAGUGGUGAACAUUCCCAACAGCAUGACCAUCUUGGAUGAGCUUUUGCCAAUUUCUAUUGAGAUGGCCAAAAGGAACUGUCGUGGAAUCUGGAACUUUACAAAUCCUGGUGUGGUCAGUCACAAUGAAAUUCUGGAGAUGUACAAGAAGUACAUUGACCCCAGCUUUGAGUGGGUUAACUUUACCCUGGAAGAGCAGGCCAAGGUGAUUGUGGCACCCCGGAGCAACAACGAGAUGGAUGCUUCAAAGCUGAAGAAAGAGUUUCCCGAGCUACUCUCUGUGAAGGAAUCACUCAUCAAGUAUGUCUUUGAGCCAAAUAGCAAGGUCCCUGUUGGUGGAGAAGCCAACUGAAACUUAUUUUCCAGUGGCAUAUCAUCGAAUUCAAAUGCCGAUCCUUUUCUUGGUUUAUACGCUGUCAGGCAAUCUUUUGUGAUCAUAAUAAGUAUUGUAAUUUUCAUAUUUUGGCCGGUUGAAUUCCGAACAUGUUUGUUAGUCUGAUCAGGACAAUUGAAUAUUCUCCAAUAGUUGAAGACUGCUA